AUGAAGUCCUUCUUCGCCACCACCCUCACCCUCCUCACCCUCACCCUCACCUCCGCCCAACGCCACCAAUACCGCAUCGAACCCGCCUCUCUCCCCAACACCGUCCUCACCUCCACAAACACCCAAGACUCCAUCCCCGAGUUCAAGAAAUUCGACGGCACCGUCGACCAAGUCUGGUUCCUCGACAACACCGACGGCGGCUUCACCCUCCAAUCGCUGUACUCGGACUACUACCUCAGCUGCAACCCGGUCGAGCGCGGCCACCCCUGCAAACUCUCCAACACCUCGUCCGUCUUCACAUCCCAGAAAAUCGAGGGCUCGGAGAAUGUGAGGAUUGGGUUUGGCGGGGAGGACAGCGAUCUGGUGCUGACGGUUGAGGCGAAGGGGAAUGCGAAGCCGUAUGCGGGGGUGGAUGCGGAUGUUGGGGGGGAUGAUAUUGCCGUUGUUAGGCAACUUACUAUUACUACUAUUCUAUUAACUAUUAUUCUACUUUUUACACCAACCAACAUACACUCCAUUUACUACGUCUACCACACUUACUACUACAGAAUGACUAUCGAGAUCACCAUGGACCAGCAACUCCAGUUCAGCAUCAGAGAACAGUCAGAGCAGUCAGAGCAGUCCAAGCUCAUGCCCCCUCCCCCCAUCCUCAACAGAAGCAUCACAGGCGACACCGAAAAAGCAACCGACAUCGACUCGGACGAAGAAUACAUCCCACUCCGAUGCGACAAUAGCAUCAAGCGGAAUGCAGAGUUUGGGACGGACUCGAACUGUACCAGAGAAGCUAUACACGCUAUCGAGGAGCUAACCAACGGACUAAAGUUCGACUACCUGAAUGCCGUGGAUGGAUCUGCCGUAGCUCUAAUCCGGAGAGCGAUCGACUCGCUGAAGCUCAUUGGUAGUUGCAACGAGUGCAUCGAGUACUUGGAUUUCCGCGUCGCACUUCGCAAGCUAUGCGACAAGAUCGUCGAGCGUGUUUCAACGCUGUACGAACUCAUCCACGUCAUUGAUAGUGAGUGGGAAGAAAUGCUCACCUUCAACCCCGAUGACUGCGAUCCCGAUGAUCCUGGCGACGAGACCCGAUCUGCUGAAGAAGCGGCGCAAUUCCUGCAGAAGCGAUCUUUCCAGUUCGACGGGGACCCAAUGGGAAAAGCAGAAUAUUUCGGGUUGUUGUACGCGAGGGCGCGAUAUCAGAUUAAUCGGUUCUACGACACCAUCUGGCAUUUGGAUCUGGCGGGUUACCCCGAGCACGAUGGCGAGGAGUGGCAGGCCAUGGAUCGCGAGAUGAAUUCCAAGGCGCAGUUUUUUGAGCAAACCGCAGAGGAACGCCUGGCCUAUGCGAUCGAUUCUGCUUAUUAG